AACCAAAAAUAAUAAAUUGAUUUAAAUUGAAAAUUAAACUAAUCAAUUAUUGUGUGGAUGCUGAGCAAGGAAACUGAAUCAUCACAAUCAUCAUCAUUAGCGGAGAAAGCAGCGUUCAAAUUAAUAACUAUAUAAAAUAUGGAUCCACAACAGCAAUUUUGCCUUAAGUGGAACAGUUAUUCGUCCAAUUUGGCAAUAACAUUCUCAAAUCUAUUCAAAUCAGAUCUAUUGGCCGAUGUCACAUUAUCCUGUGAUGGCGCCGUUUUCAAAGCACACAAACUCAUAUUGGCAGCCUGCUCGAAGAAAUUUGCCGAUCUAUUCGAGACAACGCCCACAAAUGGCCAAUGUGUCAUCAUAUUGGAGGCCACAACUCCAGAUAAUAUGGCCGCCUUGUUGGAGUUUAUGUAUAAGGGAGAAGUGCAUGUAUCACAAGAGGCUCUCAACAGUUUUCUCAAGUCCGCUGAGAGUUUGCAGGUCAAGGGCUUGUCCACAGAAACCGGCCGUUUGGCUGCCCAACAGGCCCAACAACAGCAUCACAUGGGUGGUGGGGGAGUCGCUGGGAGUGAUACCUCACCCUUGGACUCACCCACUGGACGUCGCAGCAUGCGCAACAGUUUAAGCGGCGGCAAUGGUCCUGUUGGUGGUGUCGGCAGUGGCAGCGGCAUUGGUGUUGCCGGAUCAAUUGGCUCCUCAGGCAAUAGCUUGAGCGGCGGUGGCCUGGGCAAUGGCAAUGGCCUUAGCCUGGCUGGAUUUACAGCUGCCGGAGGCAUGGCUGCUGCUGCCAGUGUGGCAGCCAGCGGUUUGAGCGCCUUGGCGGCCAGUGCCAAUGCUCUGGAUCGUUGUGGCAGUGCCGGUGGAAAUAUCAUCAGUUGCAGUGCCCCUGGAAUGGGACCCUUAAGUGUUGGUGCCGGUGCUGGCGGCAAUGGUGUGGGCCUCGGUGGUGGUAACAAUGGACCUAUUAGCUUGGGUAGCGGCGCUGGCGCUGCUUCUUCGAUGCAUUUGGGUGGAUCGACGGGUAACCUGAAACAGGAAUGCGAUUCAUUGAUGCAUCCAGGACCGGGAUCGACCACAUCGAUGGGCUAUCCAACCAUUUACCGCCCCAUGUACACAGAGCCAUUGCGCAAACGUGUCCUGCGCAGUCCAUACGCCGAACAGGAAUUGCGCGGCAGUGUGCUACGUGAUGGAUCCAAGAACUCAUCAUCCGAAUGCCCGAGCCCAGUUAAUAAGCAACCCUAUCAUCGUCCAUCAUCGAGUGCCUCGUCAACAGCUCCCACUGAGGCGGAUACCAUGCACUCGGAACGAGCUUCGCCACAGUCGAGCCGCUAUGAGAAUCACAGUCCCAGCACCACAGCAGGCAAUGGCAGUGCUCCAAGUGGCCUAGAUCGUAUUGUUAAAUCGGAACGUAAUAAUGGCAGUGCCAAUGAGGCUAACGAUGAUGAACGCGAACUAAUGGAUGAGUCAACAGAUAAUGGAGCCGAAGAUUUACGUGUUAAGCUGGAGAAUUCAAAUUAUUCACCGCCACCGCCGCCAAAUUCAAAUACCUCAACGGCAACCACACCGAAUGCUGUGCUCGAGAACUUAAAGAAUGCAGAUGGUUCACUUUCAGGUAAUCUAUCGUCAAUAGCACCAGCCGAUAUGUUGAAUGUGUGGAAUGCCACCAAGAUGAACAACAAGAACAGUGUGAAUACGGCGGAUGGAAAGAAAUUGAAAUGCCUGUACUGCGAUCGUCUCUAUGGCUAUGAGACAAACCUGCGAGCCCAUAUACGUCAACGGCAUCAAGGUAUACGGGUGCCAUGUCCGUUCUGUGAGCGAACAUUUACCCGUAAUAAUACCGUGCGACGACACAUUGCCCGCGAGCAUAAGCAGGAAAUUGGAUUGGCUGCUGGGGCGACUAUUGCACCGGCCCAUGUGGCAGCAGCAGCGGCGGCAGCAGCGGCCGCGAAUCAUUCACCAUAGGAAGCAGCCGCAACAGCAGCGGCAGCAGUAGUCAUGAGUGCGCAUAAGGAGGCAGCAAAGCAACGUAAACGUAAAUCACUUAAAAUGGCAUUGGAGAAAUGCAUGCAACGGCGGGAUGCGAUGGCCGCCGGUGGAGAAGGAGGAGGAAAUGGGUCAGGCGAAGGAGUCGGAACUGGGAGUGGAGUGGGCAUAAUUGCAUUAGCGGGCACUGAUGCAACAACAACAACAACAACAUCUACAACAUCAUCAUCAAGCUAUAGCUUUGAGCAACAACAACAGAAAAUUCAUGCUGAAUUAUCUCAACAAAUUAAGGCAGCAAUGGCCGCUGAACAGGAGCAGGCCGCUGCUGCCGAGGCGGAGGCUGAGGCCAUGGAUACAACGGCUAACACAACGGUCACAACGACAACAACAAACGCAUCAGCAUCAUCAUCCACAGCGGCAACAACAAACACGACAACAGCCACAACAGAUGGCAGUGAGUCAUGUGGUGAGCACACUGAAAUGGAUGUGGAUGAACCGAUGCCAGAGAUUCAACCAGAAUCCGAAUUAGUUGUGGUUGAACCAAAGAUCGAGCCACUUUCCGAUAGCGAUGACGAUGAUGAUGAUGGUCAUCAUUUGCAUAUGCAUUUAGCGGAAACACAGCACGACGAUGAUGACGAAGAAGAAGCAGGCGAUGGUGAACGUGAACGUGAACCAGAGCCAGAGCCAGAGUUAGCCAAUAUAACCAGCCCUCAAUAUAAUAUACCGCCCAAUCAUGAGAUGCCCACAUUGACCUCAACGCCCAAGAUCAAUGUGGAACAGCAAUAAAUUGAAAAAGUUGAUGAAAUGCCCGCCCAUCCCCCCACCCAAAACCACUUGACCCCCACUCCAAAAUAUGCUUAAUACAAAAUUUAGUUAAGAAAGGAUGAAAAAAGAAGAUGAUAAAGAAGGGAGAAGAAGUGAUUUACAAAACGUUUACGAAAUGCGCCACCAAGAAGAUGAAGAAGAAGAAGAAGAUUGACUACUGUUGCAACUGCUGUUGCCCUCGGAGACCACCAAGAAAAAACAAAAACGAAAAAAACUAAACUAAAACUAAACUAAAAACUAAACACUAACUUAAAACAAAAAAACAAAUAUGUUUAACUAUUAAACUAAUCGUAAUUAUUAUCAACAUUAACACACAUACACUUUUUACACCACACACACACACACACACCAUGCACGAAAACACACACACACACACAGACAAGUAUUUGAUGUCCAAAACUAAAUCAAUUCUAAUUUUUUAUUAUUGUUUAAACAACUUUUACACAAUUCAGACAGACAAAAACUAAAAAAAAAAACUGAUGGAAGACGAAGCAUACACUGAAAGAAAAUACGAGAUAUAUCCAACAAGAGAAUAAAAUAAUGCAAUCCGGCUGAAAAA